AUGUCCAUGGCAAGUUUUUUCAAUCAGCGGGCUCCCAAAAAGGCUAGCUCGAAAGAUGAUGGUGAUAGAAAAGCCCGUAUGCCUUGGGUUGAAAAAUACCGUCCUAAAAAUCUUGACGAUGUCUCGUCUCAAUCGCAUGCCGUCACUGUAUUGAAGAAGUCUUUACACACUUCUAAUCUUCCGCAUAUGCUUUUCUACGGUCCUCCCGGUACUGGUAAAACUUCAACAAUUCUUGCAUUGGCAAAGCAAUUGUACGGACCAGAGCUUUAUAAAACCCGGGUUUUAGAAUUAAAUGCCUCUGAUGAGCGAGGGAUUUCUAUUGUCAGGGAAAAAGUCAAGAAUUUCGCCAGGUUGACGGUGUCUAAUCCGUCAAAGGAAGAUUUGGCCAAAUACCCUUGCCCUCCAUACAAGAUCAUCAUUCUCGAUGAAGCUGAUUCUAUGACUAAUGAUGCACAGUCUGCCCUUAGAAGAACUAUGGAAACUUAUUCGGGGGUUACCAGAUUCUGUCUCAUUUGUAAUUAUAUAACGAGGAUCAUUGACCCAUUGGCAUCACGUUGCUCAAAAUUUAGAUUCAAACCUCUUGACAACACCGAUGCCUUAACAAGAUUGACCUAUGUUGCUAAUGAGGAAAAAGUGCAGUAUGAAGAUGGGGUGUUGGAAAAAAUCCUCGAUAUUUCACACGGGGAUCUCCGAAAGGCCAUUACUUUUCUACAAUCAGCGACAAAAUUACACGGAGUGGCUGAAGUCGAUGCCGAUGGAGAUAUAUCUAUAGAUGAACAAGGGGGAAAUAAUCAUGAAAGCUCAAAAAUUACCGUCACCAGUGUGCAGGAAAUCGCAGGGAUUGUCAGUGAUUCAACCCUCGAUGAAAUUGUUACAGCAGCAAGAACUCAUGAUUUCCAAGUUAUGUUUAAAUUAAGCAAAAAAUUGGCAGCAGAAGGCUGGAGUGCCACCCAAAUGUUGGAUCAGUUACACGACAAGUUGAUCUUGGACGACAGUUUAACAGGAACUCAGAAGAUUCAUAUCAGUUUUGCCCUUAACGAAACCGAUGAUAAGCUAUCCAAUGGGACUGAUGAACAAAUACAGUUUUUGAAUUUUCUUAGUAAACUUUCUCAGGUUCUAUAG